AUGGGAGGUAUUGUUGCCUCGAAGAACGUUGUGGUAUCCAUCCUUGUUGAUGAUCCAUCUCUAUAUACCAUCGGAGCUAAGUGUCAGUUUGGAGAUCAGUUGAUGGAACAUUUUCCAACGGUGUUGGACAAGAUGCAACACAAUCUUGAAGAAGUAAAACAUUUGCAAAAUUUGGUCAAGUCAUCUACAAAGCUGACCAAGAACCUAUCGAAAAUUAAAUAUUUUACUACCGAAUGUUAUCAACCGGAGCAAAUUGACGUAGGCCACAAGCUGGCUAUAAGUAUGGAGUAUUGCUCUCAAUAUGCUAAACUGAAUUAUGAAUUUGAAGCUAUCUGCAAUCAAAUUACAAAUCUGAAAAAAGAAAUCAAGACUCUCCUCUCCCAGACACAAGCUGAAUAUAAACAGCUAAAUACCAUGCUCGAUUCUUCUAAAAAAGACCUCUCAAAAGCUCAGAAAAAGGAAGCAGAAAUAUUGAACAAAAUAGCACAGAUCAGUAUCAACGUGACAUCUGAAGAUGAGACCAAGACACAACAAGAUAAGCUGCAAAAGGAUUACCUCGUUAAAAAAUUAGACAGGGAGCAAUGUGAACACGAGUUGGAAAAUACAACAAAUAAGUACAAUGCAAGAAUUUAUAACAGAUUAUAUCAAAUAGAAGUGCUUGAAAAGAAACGAUUUGAUGCCAUGAAAGUACUUUCUCAAGAGUAUUUAGCUUGCCUUACAAAAAUGAGUCAAGUGGAGGAAAAAAGCUGCUCAAAUGCUGAAACUAUUCUUUCCAAGCUCAAUGAGGAGCAAGAAAUAAUAGCAUUUAUUAAGGAAUGCGAUGCAAUUUCCCCUAACUCGUUACCUCCAUGUGAAAGAUCUUUGAAUGCCUCUUUCAGACAGCUAGAAGAAGAAAAAGAAGAACCUGCGUUUGAAGCAUGGCUCCACACCAUCAGUGCUUCAGUACGGUCUAUUAUCAACGAAAAUCAAGCUUUUUCUGACAGCGAGUUUCCAACAAAUAACUCCUCCAUUGGUAAUCAAACCUCCUCUGCACUCGUAUCCUGGAAGCGAGCAUCAGAAAUAUUUGGAACUAAUUUUGAUAUUAUUAAGGGUGGAAAAGCCCUUCAGAGCCAUGUUUGUCCAAAAGAAUCUGGUGAUAAUUGGUUCAUUACUUGUAUUUUUAGUGUAGCAAAAGUGCCCAGAUUAAUCACUCGCUUGUUUUCCACAUCAGAAGUGAACGCUUCUGGAAUUUACGAGCUUAAUUUAUGUGUUGGAGGUGAGUUUGUGAAGGUAGUAGUGGAUGACUACUUUCCCGUCGUUUCUCAAAACGAUAUCACUCCCUUGUACUCGUGUAGCAAAGAAAAUGGUAUAAUUAUUCCAGAAUUAUGGGUAAUGCUUCUGGAAAAGGCAUUUGCAAAACUUUCAGGCUAUUAUAAUAGAAUAGAUAGCAACUACUUGCAUUUAGGACUGCAAGUGUUGACAGGUAUGCCUCAAACCAACAUCGUUUUCUCAGAAAACGUGCUGAAGAAUUCAUCCUUUCAAGAUAGUAGCUGGAACACCAUUUUCAACGCAUCGAAACAAGGAUAUAUUAUUUGUUGCCACUCUCGUUUUGAAUGUAGUGGCGUUUUACACGGCUCAACUUCCUACACAUUGGUACAUUGUCGUGAAAAAGCUGGACAUACUCGAUGGGUGAAGCUUACAAAUCCAUUAUGCGAAAUUAAGAGAAUACCAAUUGAAUUGGAUUAUCAAGUUUUUUUGGAACAGUUCGCUCAUGUAAAUAUUUGCAAAUACGACCCAAAACAUUCAAGAAAAAGCCUGACCAUUACAUCUCAAAUGUUGAGCCUGAAUGAUGAAGUGCUAUAUCCUGUGAUUGAAUUGAACGUUGUUUCAAGCAACGAACAGGAAGAAUUUUGUUUUGGAGUUCAUCAAAUGCAUCCAGUUUUUAAGAAUGCCUGUGCAAAUCCAUCUGUACUUGGUUUUAUUGUCGUUGACGUUACAAGGUCAAAGGAAAUUGUCACAUUCAUAACAGCAAACGUAGAGAGAGAAUUUGCUCCAGCCAAACAACUGAAGGCUGGACAGUAUGACCUUGUCCCUUUGCUCUUCCAAAAGAAUGGAGACAUUCAAAACAUUGUCAUGUCAUGUCAUCACACCGGUGGAAUGAAUUGGAAGCUAGUCCCAAAAUCAAACGUGGCUAUUGGCACUCAAGUGCUCAAACUAGGUCAACUCAAAAAGCUCGUGUUCUAA